CAAAAUGAGCAGCGCUUUCGUCGUUGGAGCAACCGGAGCUGUUGGUUCUGAGCUCGUCAAGCUGCUUGCCGAGUCUACAAAGUUUUCAAAAGUGGUUGUUCUCGCUAGAAGACCAGUCGACGGAGCCACUGGAGACAAGCUGAUUCAAAAAACUGUCGACUUUGAUAAGCUUGAAGAGAACGCCGAGGAUAUUCAAGGAGUUGACGUGGCAUUCUGUGCUUUGGGAACUACACGUGGAAAGUCCGGUGCUGAUGGAUUCUACAAGGUCGAUCACGAUUAUGUGAUGAGCGCGGCAAAGAUGGCAAAGGAAAAUGGAGUCAAACAAUUCGUCCUUGUUAGUUCCGUUGGCGCCGACGCUAGUUCUCGAUUCUUGUACCCGAAAACCAAGGGAGAAGUUGAAAAAGAGAUCGGAGAGCUCAAUUUUGAAAAGUUCGUCAUAAUGCGUCCAGGAUUGAUUGAAGCGAAACGUCCAGAAUUCCGAAUCGGAGAGUUCCUCGGAAAAAUUGUCACUGCACCACUCGGACUUUUCUCCAAUCGUUUUUCAAGUUCUGCCACAGCCAUUGCUCAAGCGAUGAUCAACGCGACACAGACCGAAGAAACCGGAAACCAAAUUUGGAACAACUCGAAAAUCGUGGAGGAAUCCAAGAAAUACACCGCAUAACCUGUGGCUGCUUACUACCGGACUUAUUACUGCUUUUAAUGUUUAAUCUCUAUUUUGCUACUUCAUGACUAAUUUCAAUAAAAAAUGUAUUUAUUAAA